CGCAGGAGACACGCACGGGUCCCGGGAUCAACUCUUCUCUUCGUCGUUGAGCUUCCCGACGAGCGAUUGAUGUGGAUUUUUUGAAUCGUAACGGUUACUCGUGAUCAGAGGGUGCCGACUUUGAUGUUUGAAGUUUGAAAUUUAAAAUUUGAAUCGUUGCUUUAUUACGUCGGAAAGGAUUCGACCGUUGGAGCUUUGGACCGUUGGAGUGGAAAAGCGCCUCAGCCGUCCGGAGUCGUUUCAGUUCUUGGAAUAAACACGACAAAACACGACAAAACACGAAGGCAGCACCUAGGGGACGGUUCGGACGCUUGUAUUUCAGCGCUGGGGGAAUAUCUGUCUUCAUUCUGUCUCAUUUGAGGAGUAUUUCACCCAGACAAAAGGAUCGUGAGGUUAACUCGAACAGGAAAGCUGGGCUGGGUGGAAGGAGACCCUGAUCCGAUACACCUCCAAUACACCCCACACAUCGGAUAGGAUACACCCAAGAUGUAUCCACAGGGCCGGCAUCCGGCGCCUCAUCAACCCGGUCAGCCUGGGUUCAAAUUCACAGUGGCGGAGUCCUGUGACAGGAUCAAAGAUGAGUUUCAGUUCCUGCAAGCACAAUAUCACAGUCUCAAGGUAGAGUACGACAAACUGGCCAACGAAAAGACGGAGAUGCAGCGUCACUAUGUCAUGUACUAUGAGAUGUCGUAUGGACUCAACAUUGAAAUGCACAAACAGACCGAGAUUGCAAAGCGCCUCAAUGCAAUUCUUGCUCAAAUUAUGCCUUUUCUGUCACAAGAGCACCAACAGCAGGUCGCACAGGCUGUUGAGCGUGCUAAGCAAGUGACAAUGACCGAGCUUAAUGCCAUCAUCGGGGUACGUGGACUUCCAAAUCUACCUCUCACCCAGCAGCAGCUCCAGGCUCAGCACCUCUCUCAUGCGGCUCAUGGUCCUCCUGUCCAGCUGCCGCCCCACCCGUCAGGCCUGCAGCCCCCCGGCUUGCCCCCGGUCACCGGCUCCAGCUCCGGUCUGCUUGCGCUCGGAGCGCUGGGGAACCCGGCACACCUUCCGGUCAAAGAUGAGAAGAACCAUCACGAUCUGGAGCACAGAGAUCGGGAGUCGAGCACGAAUAACUCCGUGUCACCGUCCGACAGCUUGAGGGCCAGCGAGAAGCACAGGGCUUCAUCUGACUACAGUCUGGAUUCAAAGAAACGCAAGAUGGAGGAGAAGGAGAACAUGAGCAGAUAUGACAGUGAUGGCGACAAAAGCGACGACCUGGUAGUCGACGUCUCCAACGAGGACCCAGCCACACCGAGGGUCAGUCCCUCUCACUCGCCUCCAGAGAACGGCCUGGACAAAGCAAGGGUGCUGAAGAAAGAUGCCCCGAACAGCCCGGCCUCCGUGGCUUCAUCUGGGAGCACGCCAUCUUCCAAAGCUAAAGAGCACCCUCAUAACGACAAAUCCUCCACGCCGGGCCUGAAGUCCAACACUCCCACUCCAAGAAAUGAUGCGCCCACACCAGGAACCAGCAGCACGCCGGGACUGAGGCCUAUACCCGGCAAGCCUCUUGGCAUGGAGGUCCUGGCUCCUGCCCUGCGAGCUCCCCUGUCCUACGCCAGUCCGUUCGCAAUGAUGGGCCAUCACCCAGAAAUGAACGGUUCUCUGGCCAGUCCCGGAGUCUAUAGCCUCAUCCCUUCUCAGAUGAGCGCAGCCGCCACUGCAGCGCAUUACGGCCGGCCGCCCAUGCCGGGAUUCGAUGCGCAUCCGCACAUGCGGGCUCCCGUUCUCCCGACCGGCCUCACGUCCAUCUCUGGAGGAAAACCAGCGUACUCUUUUCACGUCAGCGCAGACGGUCAGAUGCAGCCUGUCCCCUUUCCUCCGGAUGCGCUGAUCGGGCAGGGCAUCCCACGUCACGCGCGCCAGAUCAACACCCUCAGCCACGGUGAAGUGGUGUGCGCCGUCACCAUCAGCAACCCCACGCGCCACGUUUACACCGGAGGCAAGGGCUGUGUUAAGAUCUGGGACAUCAGCCAGCCUGGCAGCAAGAGCCCCGUGUCCCAGCUGGACUGCCUGAACAGGGAUAAUUACAUCCGCUCCUGUAAGCUGCUUCCUGACGGCCGCACUCUAAUCGUGGGCGGCGAAGCCAGCACUCUGACCAUUUGGGACUUGGCUUCUCAGACGCCGCGCAUCAAGGCUGAGCUGACCUCGUCGGCCCCGGCCUGCUACGCUCUGGCUAUCAGCCCCGACGCCAAGGUCUGCUUCUCCUGCUGCAGUGACGGCAACAUCGCCGUCUGGGACCUGCACAACCAGACGCUUGUUAGGCAGUUCCAGGGCCACACAGACGGCGCCAGCUGUAUAGACAUCUCUCACGAUGGCACCAAGCUCUGGACUGGCGGCCUGGACAACACCGUCCGCUCCUGGGACCUGAGGGAAGGACGACAGCUCCAGCAGCAUGACUUUACCUCACAGAUCUUUUCUCUUGGUUACUGUCCGACUGGCGAGUGGUUGGCUGUAGGAAUGGAAAGUAGCAACGUGGAGGUUCUUCACCAUACCAAACCAGAUAAAUACCAGCUCCACCUACAUGAGAGCUGUGUUCUCUCCCUCAAAUUCGCCUACUGUGGUAAAUGGUUUGUGAGCACAGGGAAGGACAAUCUGCUGAACGCCUGGAGGACGCCGUACGGUGCCAGCAUUUUCCAGUCGAAAGAAUCCUCAUCUGUCCUGAGCUGUGACAUCUCUGCUGACGACAAAUACAUCGUGACUGGAUCCGGAGACAAGAAGGCCACAGUGUACGAAGUGAUCUACUAGACUUCUGAACAAUCCACUAGAUCCAUCUAAGGACCUCUGACUUUAUCUCCUAUUUUUUGCCUUUCUUGUGGCCUCCUAUUGGAAUCGGGACAGCGCUGACUCUUUCUCCAAAGACCUCCGGACCUUAAACCCAUGCGCGACGCCUACAGUCGGGUUCAGAAUUCACAAAUGAUGUUUGAGAUUUUUUUCUCUUUUAAUAAGGGAACGACCCGUUCCUGGAUCUUUUUUGGUACAAUGAUCUUUACUAAAUUUCGGACCUGUCUCAGACGGCACUAGAAGUACACACGGUCUUGCCUUUUCUUUAAGUGGACUCACAAGGAUUUCUGGAUGUGUGCUUAUUUUUUUUGUUUUGCUUUUUUUUUUUGCAGCUGAAGCAACCGAUCUGUGAUGCACUGUGAAGCAGUGCUUCAUUUUUAGCCUCCCAUUCCCUGGACAACUUGUGAAAAGUGUAUAUAUGGAAUAAUAAACAUUUUAUAAAUAUAUAUGAUUAUAUGUACAUAUAUAUAUUUCCUUGUCCUGGUAUACUUGUGUUGGGUAACUUUGUCCUAAAUGCUUGAUAAACGUAGACUUAGGGACGACUUUUUUAAAGGUGGAAUUGUCUUGUUUUUAAUUUUUGUAAGACUCUCUGGGUUACAAAUCGCCAGUGGAUGGACACUGGACAUUCAGUGGAAGGACGUUCAGUAGCUUGGUAGCUAGCUAUGUGACCGUGGAUGCACGACUGGUGGACACUGAGAAUGGUAUUUCCCUGGACGAUGCCAAUUUGCAUUAGACUCUGCCAAAUACUGGAGAGCACCCAGGGGAAUGUGGGGAGGUGUUUGUAAAUUAAAACCAAUAUUAAACUUGGA